AUGGGCGAAACCACCCAAUAUUGUGGACUAUAUCGCAGCGAGAGUAACGCUAUACCGCGGGGGAGCCGCGAGCGAUAUCGCUCGCCUCUCGCUGCGACCUCGCAAACGUCUUGUGCUAUAUCGCUCUCUGAAAAAUUUUUCUUCAAAAAUGUUUUUUUCUUGAAUUUGAUUGAUUCCAUCAUACAAGUCAAAAAUAAGGCAAAAAAAAUGUUUUUCAAAUUUCAUAUUUUUGAGAGGAAGCGAUAUGGCAGCGAGAGUUUGACGAGGUCGCAGCGAGAAGCCUUGGCCAUAUCGCGUGCGGCCCGCUGCGAUAUCGGCAAUUAUGUUGGGUGGCGUCUCAAAAAAAAACGCCGUGAUGAAAAACGAAGCAUGUCGCGCUUGAGCUUCACAUGGGACGGCUCUGAACGCUUGGGGUCGUUUUUUGAUGUGAUUUCAGAAUAUUUCCAAAUCGAUGAUGUUUUUUUUUAAAUGAGAAAUUCAAGUUUGAGCUUUCAGUUGGUUUAUCACCACACGGACGGCGACAACUUCACAACUUUGACUUCUGACAUUGCUGGAUGUAGCGGAGAUUACUGUUCCACUGACGUUCUGAACGCCAUAGCGACCAAACUCAAGCCGCCGCAGCCGAUGGACCAGGUGAAGCUUGAUUUUGAAAUUUAGAAGACUGAGUAAAUUUUUCAGAAGAGAGUUUAGGUGGAGUUCCCUGAAGAUUUAUAGCCAUUAUAAAAAUAAUGGAUUUCAAAAAUAAUUUUUAAAUUUUCAUUUCAGUGGUGCAACGUCGAUCCGCGAAGCAAAGCUUCUACAUCAAAUUUCAACUUUUUAGGUAUUUUUGAAAAAAUCCUCUUAACUCGGAUUUUCGUGACCGCAUUUGGAAUGGCUCGAAGAUGUUCCCGACCUAAAACUAUGGCAUAGCGAAACGUUCAAAAUCAUGAAAACUGAAUCUCUACCAUUUUUAGCCAUUCCAAACGCGACCACGGCCUUUUCAAGUACAUGAAUCUACAAAAAAUUGAUUUCCAGGACUUCUCCUGUCAUUCGCCUACGUGUUCUCCCGAGCUUUCCUUCUAUAA